AUGCUCAUCAACAGGGUUGACGAGGUCCUCAGUGAUGGUUUAGACUAUAAAAGAACAUUGGUUGCUGACAUUGAGCAACUUCGGAACAAGAAUGGAAUGAAUGAGUGGCGGACAAAAGAGUCACUUGACUUAGGGGAUUUAGUACAAAGGCGCAUCAAAUUCCUUCAGAAUCCUAAUAAGUGUAGAAAAGCCAAGAAACUCGUUUGCAAUUUGAGUAAAGGUUGUGGCUAUGGUUGCCAGUUACACCACGUCACGUACUGUCUGAUUGUUGCCUAUGCUACAAAGCGCACCCUGGUGCUUGAGUCAAAAGGGUGGCGUUAUGCAUCUCAGGGAUGGGAAACUGUAUUCCAACCAGUCAGUGACAACUGCAAUGAUCGAUCCGGAGACUCUAUACGGAGCUGGGGUGCCCUUGCCACCUUAAAAGAUGUCCAAGUUGUGGAAUUACCCAUUAUUGACAAUGUCUACCCAAAGCCAGAUUUCAUUCCACUCGCAAUUCCAGAAGAUCUUGCUCCACGACUCUUGCGGCUACAUGGUGACCCCGCAGUUUGGUGGAUUGGACAAUUUGUUAAAUAUUUAGUGCGACCUCAGCCUCAUUUGGCACAUGACCUGGAAGAAGCCAAACAGAGUUUGAAUUUUAAAAGCCCAAUUGUCGGUGUACAUGUGCGUCGAACAGACAAAGUUGGAACAGAAGCUGCUUAUCAUGGCAUUGAAGAAUACAUGAUGCAUGUAGAAGAAUAUUAUAAACAAUUGGAAUUAAAUACUGGCAAACGAAUAGAACAAAAACAGGUUUAUUUAGCAUCUGAUGACCCAAGUGUCUUGGCAGAUGCUGUCAAUAAGUACUCCUCUUAUCGCUUCAUCUAUGACUCUGAAAUCUCCAAGACGGCAGGACUGGGCACUCGCUACAGCACAGCUUCUCUUCGAGGAAUAAUUUUCGACAUCCAUUUUCUUUCACUCAGCGAUUAUUUGGUUUGCACUUUUUCCUCACAGGUCUGCCGAGUUGCUUAUGAACUGAUGCAAACCUAUCAUGGGGACGCCUCGCAGAGAUUUUAUUCUCUGGAUGACAUUUAUUAUUUUGGAGGACAAAAUGCACACAACGUGGAGGCCAUUCAAAAACAUGUCCCCAAACGUAAAGAAGAAAUUGCUUUAGAAGUUGGAGACCUGAUUGGUAUUGCUGGUAACCACUGGGACGGCUAUUCAAAAGGCGUGAAUCGAAAAUUGGGCAAGAAUGGCUUGUUCCCUUCUUAUAAGACAGCCAACAAAGUAGUGACAGCUAAAUUUCCCACUUAUCCUGAAGUUCCUUUGACAAACGGAAGGUGA